CUGUAUCAAUUAAUUCGCAUAGUAAAUCAAAAAUCAAUAAUAACACCAAACAAAUCAAUCCAAAAUUCACCAAAAAUGCCUACGAACUCCUCACCAUUCGCCGAAGCGAAGAUCCCGGAGCAGAAGAGCCACGGCGGAGUUAUAUUCCCCGCCGUGUUAACUCCUGCUGCCGCAGCGGCCGCUUUGACAGCGGCCGUUAAGGAGCAGAGGCCGUGGCUGGACUCGCUUCUCCACAAACACGGGGCGAUUUUGUUCCGUGGAUUUGAUUCGAUAGCCACGGCCUCCGACUUCAACGACGUCGUCGAAGCUUUCGGGUACGAGGAGCUGCCGUAUGUCGGCGGCGCCGCCCCCAGGACUAACGUCGUCGGCCGUGUCUUCACCGCUAAUGAAUCGCCGCCGGAUCAGAAAAUCCCUUUCCACCAUGAAAUGGCUCAGGUGCCAAAGUACCCUACAAAGCUGUUUUUCUUCUGCGAAACAGAGCCCGUCUCCGGCGGAGAAACGCCAAUCGUUCCUAGUCACGUCGUAUACGAAAGAAUGAAAGAGAAACACCCGGAGUUCGUGGACAAGUUAGAGAAGCAUGGCGUGAUUUACACACGAGUUCUUGGGGAGGAGGAUGACCCUUCCUCCCCAAUCGGCCGUGGAUGGAAAUCUACGUUUAUGACCGCAGAUAAGGCCGUGGCCGAGGAAAGGGCAGCAAAGCUUAACAUGAAGGUGGAGUGGACAGAGGACGGGGCGAAGACGAUAAUGGGGCCGAUCCCGGCCAUCAAGGAGGACGAGACGAGGCAGCAGCGGAAGACGUGGUUCAAUAGCAUGGUGGCUGCCUACACGGGGUGGGAGGACAAGCGAAACGAUCCAAAGAAGGCAGUGAUUUUUGGCAGCGGAGAGCCGUUGCCAGAUCACAUAAUCUACGAUUGCCUGAGGAUCUUGGAGGAGGAAAGCGUCGCUAUUCCGUGGCGAAAAGGCGACGUGUUGUUGAUCGAUAAUCUGGCUGUUCUUCACGCUCGAAAGCCGUUCACCCCUCCUCGUAGGAUUUUGGCUUCUCUAUGCAAAUGAUCAGAAGAAUAAAAUGUGGAUGAUGUUCUUUGUGGUAUCCAUGAAGAUUUGGUAGUUGAGUAGUGUGUAUUUGCAAGUAUAAUAAUAAAUUUUUUCGAUUUUUAGUUGGAAAAUGUAGUAGCUUUGAUAGUGAAUUUAGAUUUAUGUGAUAAAGGCUACUAAAUUGAUGGAAUGUGAUAUGAUCUAUGAGAUAUCGUUGGUUGUUUAA